AUGCCUGCGCUGCGGUCUUCAAGUCAAGACUAUGCCCGUCAAGUAUCAACGAAUGCCUCAACGCACACCAAGCAAAGAUCAACGAGGUCAAUACCCUCAGUUUUGAAGAAAUAUGAAACACGAUAUAUGUCACGGAAUCGACAUCUUUCAAAAUGCAAUUCACCAAGCAGCUCAUCCCCCUCCGCUGCAAAUAUUGCACCAGCAGAGAUUCUACUGGAGAUUUUUACCAUGCUGACACCGCGGGACUUUGACAACGCCCGGCGGACAUGCUCACAGUGGAUGCGGGUUAGCUUAAAUCACAAGCUACUUGAGAAUAUGUUGAAAAGAGCAGGGUGGUGGGAUGCAUGGCUACAAGACCGCCAAACGCCACGCAUCUCCCGGUUAGAUGAGAGUGAGGUUUGGAGAAUGAGUCGUCGCUUUGCGACAGAAUGUCUCCUUUCGGGGCGGAAGUUGAAUAUCGAGAAGCCGGGCUUUUUGGCUACCGCUGUGGUAGACUUUUCAAGUCUGUCUGAUUCUACCAGAAGAAAAUCCCACGCUCAACUUCAACCGGUUUGGCAGAUGGCCGAAGGGAAAGGGUCGGGGGUGUCAACUUUCAGCAUCAGCAGUUGCAGCAACUACCUGCUCGUGACGACAGGCUGCAUGAUCUAUAUUUAUACUCUUCUGGGUCGAAAGUCUAGGCCAACAUCAACAGACUUCGGCAAUGAUGACUUGGCGCUAGUCUCGCGCAUCUCGUGUCCAUUCGAUGUUCUCUCAGCAGCCAUCGAUACCAGCAAGCCCCAAUUCACCAUCGCUGCAUUGCUUUGCAACCGCGUUGGCAUGGUCUGCAACAUGGAUAUGGCUUGGGUCAAGGAGUCAGCUACCAAGGGGUCUCAUUCUAAUAGCAGAGCCACCUCAUCCCGCCACUUCUUCUACAACAUCUGCACUGUGGACAACCCACCCCGAACGGUUGCUCUAUGUCCCGGCAGGCCGAUAGUCGCCUUCGGCUGCGCUGCGGGCAUCGAAAUCCACAGUGUGAACGAGACAAAACGCAAUGAACAACGCAAACACUUCACCCUCCCCCAACCCUCCGAAAUCCUUCAUUUCCUCCCAAGUAGUCCUGAAACACCCAACGAGCUACGUCUCAUUUCCUCGCUAUCAGGACCAGGCUUGUACGAAUGCAAAUGCCCCCCCUUCGCCCUCCCCUUCAUCUUCAUCCUUCUCAACAUCACCAAAACUCGACCCAAAAAGCAGCCAAUUCCAUUUCCUCGCCGAUAUCCAGACCUUCAACAACCGCCGCAUUCCACAUACCCCAUCCCGCAGCUUCGUCCGCGCAACACACUGCCACCACUAUCGCGCCGUCCCCAUUAA